UCACCUUCCAGGGGCCGUGGCCAACCCACCCAAGAUCUGUUUGUUCGGAGUUCGCCACUCGAAGACACGCGCGCGCACGCCCACGUCCAUGAGACGUGCGCCACACGAUGAAGUCCACUAAAGAUGUUGACGAUGUGGCGGGGUUCCCGGGCCCUGGCGGCGGGGUGGACGCCGUGGGUGCGGCCACAAACGCGCCCAUCGCCAUCCCCUGCCACGCGUCCGCCUCGGGCCACGCCGCCACGUUCUGCUCCCCGCCACGGGCAAACCACGGCACGGGCUACGCCGGCCCCAGCGGCGAGCCAGGAGGGGAGGUGACCUACAGCUACCUGCACGGCCCCGGCGGCUCGUCAGGCGCCCCGCCGGCGGGGGGCGCCGGCUCGCGACAGCAGAUGCCGGUGUUUGAGUGCCCCAGCAUCCAGAUCACGUCCAUUUCGCCGCGGCGCCACGACAUGGACGUGAUGGAGGAGGGAGGGGACGGGGGCCCUCCUGGCGGCGGCGGCGGCGUGGACGGGGCGAGGGCCCUGCACGAGGGCAGGGAGAGGGGCAGAAGCCGCGACCAGCUGUACCUGUCGCUGGAGCACGGCUUCUACCGCGAGUCGGCGCUGAGCUUGAGCCCGGCGAGCAGCGUGUCGUCCCGCAGCUGCUUCUCCGACGCAUCGUCGCUCGAGUCGUACUCGUACGCGUGCGACGACGUCGAGGCGGAGCUCAACGAGGCGACGUCGCGCAUCGGCCUGCACGCCGCGUCGCCCCUCUCCGCGUCGCCCCUCCCCUCGCCCGGCGGCUCCCCGCACCUCGGUUCGCUCGACGACGCCUGGGCACAUCUGCCGCAUCAGCAGCACCAGCUGCAGCUGCAGCAGCAGCAGCAUCAGCAGCAGCAGCACUACCAUCAGCAGCACCACCAGCAACAGCAGCCUCCGUCCUAUGGCACACACCUACAGGUAUCCCCGCGCCACUCCCCCAGUGGCUCCCCCCGCACCAGCGUCACGGAGGAGAACUAUCUGAGCCCGAGGCCCUCGUCGCCGUGCGGCAAGCGACGGCACUCGGGCUCCGACGCCUCGGCCCCCUCGCCGUCGCGCACUCCCUCCCCGCUGCCGUCUCCCCGCUCGCUCGGUCUGGCCGAGCCCGCGGGCCCUCCCUUCCUCACGCCCGUGCCGUCCGGAAACGGCUGCGGCGGCGGCGGAGGAGGAGGCGGCGGCGGCGGGGGCAGCUGCUCGCCGACCGGCGCCUCUCCCGACUUGGGGCCCAUGCCGGGAGCCGCCGUGCUGGACAUCUCGGAGAGCGUGCCGCCAAAGGCUCGCCGCACGUCGCUCGACCAGGCCUCGGCGGGCAGCGGCGGCGGCGUUGGCGACGAGAGGGACUCGCCGUGCGACAGUUUCCAGCAGCUCUGCGCCAAGAAAGAUCUGCCGCCCGUGCUGGCGUCGCCCGGCUUGCACAUGGCCGGAGACAACUUCCUGGCGGUGCCGCCGCUCUUCUCGUGGAAGAGCAAGGUGUCGGGGGGAGGAGGAGGUGGUGGUGGUGGUGGCGCCGGCAGCUGCGGAGGUGCGAGCCACAUGCCGCUCUUCAGGAGCACGUCGCUGCCGUCCCUGGACUGGCAGCUGCCGAGCGCGGCCGGGCCGUACGAGCUGCGCGUGGACGUUCAGCCCAAGUCGCACCACCGCGCGCACUACGAGACGGAGGGCAGCCGCGGUGCCGUCAAGGCCACCACGGGAGGGCACCCCGUGGUGAAGCUCGUCGGGUUUUCCCAAAAGCCCUUGAACCUGCAGAUGUUUAUCGGCACCGCGGACGAGAGGCUGUUGCGGCCGCACGCUUUUUAUCAGGUGCAUCGCAUCACGGGGAAGACGGUGGCCACCCCGAGCCAGGAGUGUGUGCUGACGGGCACCAAAGUGCUGGAGAUCCCCAUCCUGCCCGAGAACGGCAUGACCGCCUGCAUCGACUGCGCGGGGAUCUUGAAGCUGCGCAACUCGGACAUCGAGCUGCGGAAGGGCGAGACCGACAUCGGGCGCAAGAACACGCGUGUGCGCCUCGUGUUCCGCGUGCACAUCCCGCAGCCCGGGGGCAAGGUGCUCUCCCUGCAGGCCACCUCCAUCCCCGUCGAAUGCUCCCAGCGCUCGGCCCAGGAGCUGCCGCUCGUGGAGGGCCAGAGCGUCGACGGCUGCACGGCGAACGGCGGGCAGCAGCUGGUGCUACGUGGGCACAACUUCCAGCCGGAGUCGCGCGUCGUCUUCCUGGAGAAGGGGCCCGAUGGGAGGAACCUGUGGGAGGUGGAGGCGAAAGUGGACAAGGACAAGAGUGAACCGACGAGCCUGGUGGUCGAGGUUCCUCCGUACCAGAACAAGGGCAUCAGCCACCAGGUGCAGGUGCAGUUCCACGUGUGCAACGGCAAGCGCAAGCGCAGCCAGCCGCAGCGCUUCACGUACCUGCCCACCAACGGAGGCCUCUCGCCCGCACUGCGAGACCUGCCCAUGCUGCCGAUUAAGAGCGAGCCGAGCGACGACUUCAUGGGGACGACGCCGACGACGACGACGACGCCGGGCGCCCCCGAGCCGGCCGACCUCUCGGUUGAAGUUCCGCCUACCGGGCCGCUGCUGCUCCACCUGGUGCCGCCGGAGUGCGCCGGCAUGAGCGCCCACCCUGGCGAGGCUCAGGCGUACCAGGCCCUGCAUCCCAUGCCACCCAACGGGGUGGACAUGCCCAUGGACCAACGCUUCCAGGGGCUCGAUCACCUCGGGCAGGCCGUGUUCCAGAACGCCGAGAUGCAGCACCUACACCACCACCACCAUCAUCCUCACCACCAUCAUCACCACCACCAGCAGCAGCAGCAGCAUCACCACCACCACCACCAGCAAGAGGAUCACCACCACGGCACGGUGCAUCACCAACACAAUCACCCCCAUCAGAGCCAUCACGAUCAUCACCAGCAGCAGCAGCACCAGCUGCAGGGAUCCCAGCAGAAUAACAACCACUACGGAGCGCUGGCAUACCAGGGCUUUCACUCCACAGGCCACGCUCAGCUGCCGUUCGAGACCUUCGCCUUCAUAGAGGAGGGCGGCGACGUGGAGGGUCACGGCUUGCACAUGGCCUACGAGCAGCUGGGGGUGAACGUAGGGAUGCAGCAGCAGCAGCACCAGCAGCAGCAGCAGCACUACGCGUCGGCACCGCCGCUGCCACGCGGGGCCUACUCGGGCUGCGCGUCAGGUGGCAUCAAGCAGGAGCCGGCGGAGGGCACGGACAGGGGCCGCUUUCCCAUGCAGGGCAACCGGCAUCACUUCACGUUGGAGGAGGCUUCGGCGUUGGCGACGCAGGCACUCGACUCGUACCAGGCAGGAGCGAGCCCCAUCAUAUAGCGACGCGGCACCAUCGUCUGGGGGAGGAUUCAGACAUUGAAAUCGGAAGAAGAAAAAAAUGGCAUUCAGAGUUAGUAGGUGGCAAGCUCCUCUUUUGUCAUGGAAGCAACUGGAAGUAAGAGGAGGAGGAGGAGGACACUGAGAGGAGAUGACCUCGGAGAGGAGGAAGAGUGGUCGCUGUUUUGUGAAGUGAAGAGGAGGUGGGAGAACGAGGUGGGGGCGUGGGUGGGGGGGGAGUCCUGCACUGCUGUUGGGGCUGGCGGUGAGCAGCACACCCUGGGCCUUGUCGUGGGAGCGGGAGCCACGCAAGGAGACCAGGAGGGAGGGAGUCGAACGUGUUUCUGAUCUUCGCCAGCAGAGUGGCGAAAAAGGGGGGUUAGGGUUUUUAUUUUGUAACGAAUUUUUUUGUUUUUAAAAAAACGGACAAUCACUAAAACAGCGAAUACUUUGCAUUAGCAUGGUUGGCUACGUACGGUGCGAAAGAAGUUCAACAUACGUAACAUUGAGCAGAGACAUAGAAAGUGUAACGGACGUUGUACAGCCUGCUUGAGUUAAAACCACAGUGGAUACGGAGAAGAAGCUUACCAAAAAUGAAUGGAAGAUGAUGCAAACAAGAAUCGGGAAGACCCCUUUUCAUCGUCGUAAAGUGAAGCACAGUUGUUUGGGUUUUUUUCCCCCCGGAUGUAAAUUAACGAAUAAUAUAAGCCAUGUCUACCUUAACAAUGAGCCUUAAUAUCCAGAUCCUUAAUUGUGUACUAAUGUCAGGUGCAAAACGUUAUCGGCGUUUAUGUGGACCUUGUGCGUGCGCGUGUGUAAUGCCCCAGAUAAGGAGGUUUGUUUUAAUUCCACGCAGCAAAUAAGAACGUUCAAUUAAUUGACCAAUUGGUCUUUCAGACGAAUGCCUUUACAAUUGAUUCAACCAAACCAACCUCGCACCACGGCUCACGCCACAAACAUCGGGCUGGUCCCUCCCCCGGCGCUGCUUUAGGCAGACCACAAUUCACUGACGAAUCUCACUCAAGGCAAACCCCGUUCAAAGUUGCACUUUUUUUUUUAAUAACCGACAGGCAGAGGAGCAGCCACGCAAUUUCUUGCUGGCACCCACCGUUGGCAGAAAGGAAGCCUCCAGAGAGCCCCCCUAGAGAGAGAGAGAGAGUAGUGGUUCCCAAGCACUCUGCAUCAGCCGACUGUCGCUGUCAAGCCUCAGCAAAUGUUUGCCCCCCACCGCGCGCACCAAUAACAUUGCCACAAACAAAAACAUGUAAACCGCUCUGCAUCGUAGCAAAUGCAGCAGUUCCCGUGGACCGCUUCCCACGGGCCUCUGCGUUCGUUGGGAACCGCUGCUCUCGAAGGGGUAUUUGGCCUGCUCUUCCACAGUGGCCAAAGAUGCCUUGGAACUGUUGGGAGUUUUCCCGACAUGUUACCCAACGCCGCCACCUCCUGGUUCACUGAGUCGGGGCUCGGCAAACCAAGAUAACAAGAAAGGGGCACUUCUUUUCGAAUUCGGCGGAGCAAAAAAACUUUCUUUUUCAUCCACGUGGUGAAUGUGAGAGCCGGUGGUCCUUAAUAAAUAACGCCACGAAGCAGUCAUUCAAAUAGCCGCGUGCAUGCGGCUCCGGAGGCUGGCCGCCCCCCGAACCCAUUUUAUUCCACUGGGUGGACAAGAGCCGGUCACAUUUAAGAAACUUUCCCCCAUUGUUUGAACCCGCGACCCCCGGAUUUCAAGCCUCAGUGCGUUGACCGUCGUACGCCCGCGGGCAGCAGCAUCCAGGUUGGUUGUGAAACUCGAAACGUUUAUUUUUUUUGUUUGGCAAUUAAACAAACCUCCUCCCCCCCCCCCCCCCCCCCCACCUUGCCUGUCCAUGUCCGUCGUUUGCGAUUGGUUAGUUCUAAUUGUUCUCGUUUUAUAUACAGCAGCGGACGAUCGAGAGAGGAUAGGGUUCGCCGCCUUUAACAGGAAGCCGAGUCCUGACGUCGCCUGCGGGAAUGGUCGGCCUUAAAUCCUCGCCGUGUGGCUUUGCCCCCUUCAACCUCAUCUCGCCUCGCCGUUUUGCCUUGCACUCGUUCUCCCUUUUUACCUCCCGAAAGUAACCCCCCCCCCCCCCUCACUGCCACUUUGCCUUGGGCCCCCCUCCUGUGGCCCGCUCGACAAUUUAUUUCUGUUGUUGAACACGAGGUGCGUCUUGCCGAGCAACGGGCAGAGAGAGAGAGAGCGGCGCUCGCGUGGGCGGCGCGACGUCGCAAAUCGCGAGGGGUGAUUCUGACCGAAAGGUGGUUUUUAGCUCUCGGAUCCGUUUCCUCCACCUCUCCCCACCCUCCCUCUCCACCCGAUGUCGCUCGGCGUGAUGUACGACGUUUCGCUACGUGCGCCGGCGAGAUUCUUCAGGAGCAGAUGUCUCUGCGCGAGCCCCCUCCCCCCCCACAAACGCCUCCGAGAGCCGCGUUGUUGUUCUUCCCCCCGCACCUCCGAUUAGCGCCGUUGGUGUCUGCGUACGGUGCGGAAGGAUAAGCGCGACGUACAUGCAGUGCGGCCGCAGAAAGCCUAACCAGCCGUGCAAUUGUAUAGAUUGCGUACGAAAUGCAAACAUGUGAGAAGGCUUGAAAACUAAAAAAACGUAAUUGCCAUUGAACGAUUCAUUAAAGAGGCGCCCAACUUUCCAUUGGCGUUUUUUGACCAACCGUGGCACGGAAAAAACGAUUUGCAUCAAUUUAAUUUCUCUCAUUUCUCACCUGGAAUUUUGGAGCUUCCCAAGAAGUUCGUCGAAGCGGAACGCGCGUUACUCGAGAAUGGUACACGCAAGCGGCGUUUCUGUCUCUGCCCGCGCGUAAACGCAUCCCGUUUUUCUCACCAUUUAUAUUUCCUUCCACGCACCUCCGAUUUGCACGGUUGGCUACGUACGGUGCGAAAGAAGUUCAACGCGCGUGUGCGUAUGUUUCCAAAGAAAUGUCACGAGGUUUCCUUUUAGGAUGUCGUUGAAGAACUUCAGGAUUGAAAAGUGAUUUGACAUGCGCACAUUCUCUCUCUUAGUAUACACUUCAAAGAAAGCAGCACGAGUCUCUGUUGGCAAAAUUCAUUUUCUUCAACUAACUCUUAAAAGUGCCUUUUAAAGAAAGUGAGCUUACUGGUAAAAAAACAACAACAAAUGGAUGUAAAACUUUGCUUACGUUAAAAUGUGCUUUCGAAUAACAGGACGACCUGGGCAUACAAGUGGCGUUGAUGUUACUCAUCCCGCUAGCGCCGAUAUAAAUAACCGUCGCGUAACAUUUGCGUUCUAAAUGUAAUCGCCGCGUUUAUUUUCCGUCGCCGCGCGUACGCACUUGGCAAAAAUAUUCUACCGUGCGUUUGCGUCCGUGACACAAAAAAAUGAACUUCAUGGAAGGGGGAUCGUUUUUAAAAAAUAAAAAAUGGGGAAUAUUCUUCACGCCACCGUCUCAGGAAUCGACAAAACUCCGCAGGAAAAUGCCGUCCUUCGAGGAGGUCGCUGUCGUGGAUAGCGCGGUAGAGGCCUUCCCGAUGCGUCAUUUGAACAUGUCUUUCGCCUCCCGUCACUGAAUCGUACGCACGCGGCUCAAGUUCGUCGCUUGCUCCAAUCGUUGGCAGGCUUCCUCCUCCGAUUCGGCCUCUCAACGGUUUCCGAAAGACAAUAUCGGCGUUUGUCGCUGAUGUUAUUACGUGCAACUAAAUUUAAACAUUGAUGAGGUCCUCGGUUUUUCUUCGCCUUACUCGAAACUUGGCCACCGCCUUUUGGCAAUAUUUUAUUUAAACUACAACGAGGAGGCCUAUGUUCAGGAUGUGUGUGAAACUUUCCACAAAUAUUCAACCAAAGCCCAUGUUAGAGCAAACGUUGUAAUAUAGGAUAUCCCCCCCAAGAUGUUAUGUGCAAAGCUUGGCAUUAGUAGUGUAUAUAUUUUGUUACUUUCAUUACAACAAACUACUUUAUUUUCCCUCAAGCGUGACCGUGUUGCUUCACAGACACACACAGAGAGCCACUAGCUCCCACUAUCUCCGAAGCCACUACGUGAUAACCACAGUACCGGUCGCUGUUAUUCCGCUGUCUCGAGGGGGCAAGAUGAUGUUUGUUCCUCGUGUGUCCACUCAGCGAUGGUAAUGUUCAACCGCUGCGUUCUGGCGCAACCGAUUUCAAAAACAACGCAAAUAUUUGCUGCAUUAGGGUUUUUUUUUUACGAGCUAUCUCUGAAUAUUUUAGGACGUCUGCCACUCCCGUCAAUAUGACGACAGUAUAUACGUCCGAAUAGCAUGCUAUUUGGAAAUACAUUACAUUUUCACUCGUGUUUGUUAAAGUAAAAUAAUCUAUUGUAUGGCAUUUCAAAGGACUUACACGAAUUAAGCAAAGUUUAUAUUGUAAACAAAGUUCAUCUGUCGAGUUUUUCUGCCCCCACUCGCCCGCAUGAGGUUUUUCUCCGGGCGCUGUGAUUUCCUCCCUACAUGUUAGGCGCUCAUUCAUUGGCCGAUAUCACCGUCGUGUAUAGAGAACACCAGAACUUGGGCAAUUGCCGGUGGCGCCGGCUCCUUACCGCGGUUUCUCGCGACUCCCGAGUAAAAAACCAAAAAAACUUUGGAUUUUUACCAAUGAAGGCCCACUGUGCUAUAUGACUUUUAUUUUCAGCGGCGACCUGGCCACAAAUGAUAGGUCAACGAAGUGGCUCAUCAUGUCGAAAUGUACAGCAGCCAAAUACUCUAAACGCACGUUGAUUCUAAAUGUAGCGGGGAAAAACAGGAGGCCCGGAGAAAAAUCCACGUGGCCACGGGGAGAGAGACACGCAAACUCCCAAGUAUACAGGUGUCUGUAUACCCGGCGAGGUAGUUAACAUCUCGCAGCCACCACGGCGACCUUACCGAGUUUUUCUUCCUCGAGAGUGAGUGAAUACCGUGCCGCGCUAUAUAAGUCGAUAUUACAGUUGUAACGUUAUAACGUUGGCAGUUUUUGCAUUUCAUAAUGAAGGUUUAUGGGUUAGAUCGCGUAAGAAUAAAUGUGUCGUAACCCUCCACCACCCGACACAGCCAAAAAUCUUUAUUAAUAAUGUUGGUCGCUAAAGCCUACGUGUUUUUGCAUUUCACUUAAAAUACAAACGCUGCGCCCCCCCAACUCGCGCUGUUCGAUAGUUUCGUUUGAUGACGUUGAAAGGAUUUUGAUCACCAAAAAAAAACACUUUUAUUGCCUCGCCAAGUCUGUCCUUAGGGUCCCUUCAGGUUAACGAUAGGAGUUUUAAGAAUGUUCUUGAACUCACGGGGAGGAAUUCUGUGACUGAAAAGCCGAUAUAUGUCACAGCUUAUAACCAUUGGAGGAAGAAGCUAUUUAAUGAUCUAAGACAUACAUCGAGUGACUAUUAAAAACCACUCUUUCGGACGAUAAACUUGCAUAAAGCACCGUAAUUUCAUGCAGAACCCGUGUGACGAGAGAGUGAUCUCCCUUGUCGAUUCAAUCCACUUCUGCCCUUGCAAGGUGAAGUUAAAGGCGCAGGACUGCAUUGUGUCGCUCACGCCGGUUGCUUACCAGAAGGGGGGGGUGCUCCUCUAGGUGGGGGAGCUCUACAGAGCCGCCCAAGAGCAUCGUAACCACGUGGAAUUUUUCUCCCUUUUUUUUUAAUCCGCACGGUCACGGGCUCCGCGAUUCGUGAUGGCGUGCGCAGCUUCCCCACGAGCCAGAUACGACGCACGGAAGAGUUGGGCAAGGAUUCUUGCGUGCGCCCUUCGAUGCGUUGCCCGCGAACAAAAGAAUCGUUUUUAUUUUGUAAAUCGAAGUUGUCACUAAUUGUCACAACCCCAAUGACCAUUUACUAACUGCUACUACUAUUUUUUAUUUUACCGGAUCUAGGCCCACUGAGCUGUUUAGCUCUUCUUCAGAAGCGACGUGGCUAUAAAUGAUUGCUCGACGAAGUGGCUUAUCAUCAGGUGGAAAUUCACAGCACGCUGUUGAUUGUAAAUGUGCACGGACAAAAACCGGGAGGGGACACGGAGAAAAGUCCACCCGACCACGGGAAAAAAGACAAACACACACCUUGCAAACUCCAAGCGCGUGCAGCUUGGCGUCAGGCUCGAGAUCGGGAUCGAACCCACGACCUCCUUCAUCCCAGGCGGAGUAGCUCACUUCUCGCCACCACCAUGGCACCCGAACGCUUUCUGCGUGGGGGGCCAAAACGUCCCGCUGCUUGUGCGAAGCGUCGCUCCCUCUUGCUGUGCUCGCCCAACGUAUCCGUAGGUUGUCAGGACCCCCGUAAACUGUGUUUUUGCACUAGUUAAACGUGUGCAGCCCCACGUAUAAAUAGUGGGGCCGAAGGCUGGGCGCAUUUAAAGAGGAAAUCAGUGGUGAUCGACGCGGUGUUUUUUUUUUGCGUGUAGCUUCAUUAAAUCUUGAUUUGAAGCUUUCGUGACUGCAGGAAUCCAUACUCUUUGGUUUUUUCGUGCUUUACCACCUGAUGACGGACGCUUGUGUUGCGCCCGAAACGUCGUGAUUUAUUUUAUUUUAUACCUACGUGACUUUACCGAAAGAACCAAAGAGUAUCGCUUCAUUAAAAUUCACCGAGGCAUCGCCCACCACCCCACCCCGCCCCUCCGCCUUUGUCUAUUUGUCGCCCCGUACACUCGGUGGAAAAAUGUAAAAUGUCAACGUAAGGGGUUUCCUGUAAUCCGUACAUUUCUGUCGAUAUUCUGCUAUUGUUUAUUUUAAGCUGCCGCUUUAGACACAUCGUUUUUGUUGUACAAAUUAACUUUUUAAAAAAAGUUGCGUUUUGGUCAAAGGUGGCUUUCCGUUAGCACCUCCGGCGAGCACGGCUGGCUACGUACGGUGCGAUAGAAGUUCGCCAUACGUACGGACGAAAUUGUGUUGCCUUGUUCGUGCACCAAGCGGGGGAGAGGAAUUGCCCAUGCUUAUUUCCUUGCUUGACAGAUCUCUCUGCUGCUGUGGACCCGACGGCGUGGAGGAUUGUGCGGCCGUGUUGCCUCUCCGAUGUGGAUGCGUGCGUGGCUGAAUCGUUGGCGACCCGUCAAGCGACGUGGCUCACUAAAAUAUAAAACAAAAAAUGUUACAUUUCGAUUUAAA